CCACUACAGCCUGAUGAGUGAUGUCCAGUCUGUAGCCAUGCUGUGUAGUGUGUUCAGGACCCAGGGCUGUUCUCAGGACUACUCCUCCUCCUCCUUCUCUCUGUAUGGACAACACCACCCCCCGCGCUCCACCUUCUUACCCCCUCAUCACUCACGAUACCCCAGUUACACGUCCAGCUCUGUGACGUCAGGCUCCUGUUCCAGCACCUCAGACUCCGUCACCACCUGGAGCGUCGGUCGAGACCCGGAACACGUCCCUCCCUUGGGGGAAUCCUCGCCUGACGACUAUCGCUAUGCCAACCAGGUUUACGCAGACCCCCGCGAGCGAGAGAGGGAACAGCACGACAUGAAUAAAAGGCUGCUGGACCCGGCGAACACGCUGCAGUUCGAUGACUUUAAGAAGUGUUACGGGGAGAUCCUCCAUCGCUGGGGUCUGAAGGAAAAGAGAGCAGAGGUCCUCAAGUUCACUUCCUGUCCUCCUGAACCUCACAAAGGCAUCGAGUUUGGUGUGUACUGCUACCAUUGUCGUAGCCAGGCGCGGGGGACUCAGUGUGCUGUGUGUAAGCGGUUCACCUUCCAGUGUGCCAUCUGUCACGUGGCUGGCACGAGGCUCCUCUAA